AUGAGUUCCAUCACGAAGCUCCCCAUCGAGGUCAUGACCUCAGUCAUGCGAGAGCUAGGCAAUAUCCGUUUCCUUCUGCCCUGUCUUCUCACCUGCCGCUAUUUCUACGCGUGCUUCAAAGCAGAUCUUCACCUUGCGGCCGACAUCUUGGAGCAGCAACUCACCCCGGCUCUCGUGCCUUAUGCAAUCGCCGUGUUGGAAGCAUCGCAACUCAAUCCACGAACUGGAAUUGCAGUCCGGGAGCUGCUCGAAACGUUCAUCAAGGAACCGCCCAAGCUAAGAAGCCAGUUCAGAACGCUACCAGUCCCUCUCCUUGUAAAAAUGGGCAAAUUGCAUGACCCAAUCCAGAGCUUGGCGACUCAAUUUGCUGACCACGCAUGGGCUCAUAUUAUCAAUGACCAAGGAUCACAGACCUCUCAUAGCCUCUGCCUGUCAACAACCGAAAAUUAUCGCUUUUGCCGAGCUUUCUACAAAUUCGAGCUGUUCUGCAACCUCUUCCGCAGCACCAUGCCGACUGGUUUUGUAUCGGUCAGUGAUGAAGAGAGAAGGUGGUUCUUUGCACAAUACGGGCCGUGGGAAAAUGAACAGCUAGCCAGCGUUCAUGACUUUCUCGAGCUCAAGUUAUCCGAAGCUUCAUAUGACGUUCUUGCUCACGAUAUCGAGUUUGGCACGUUGGGUAUCGACUAUCUCACGGCUGGUGGCGAUAAUGGCUGGAGGCAGGUCUGGCUGUCCCAAGGUAUUGAAUUCAUCUACCGAAUGACAACUGAGACCUCAUACGAUGCAAAAAGGGCACUAUUAAAGUCUUCAUAUGGUGCCAGUAGCGCGUACCUCUACGAUGCGCUCACAUCCAUACCUGAAGUUGACUUGGAUGAUGAUACCCCACUCGCCCAAAUUACCGAUGAAGAUCUAAAGACAAUGUUUCCAACUUCUGAUGACCAAGACAUCGACAAGGGUCCAUUUGAAGCGUGGCGAGUAGCCUUCAAGAACUUGCCCCGUAGCAUGUGGGUUAUGCUUACCAAAAACUCUGGACUGAGGGAGCGGGCCUACGUGUUCUGGAGUUUGGAUCGUCUCGAGAGAUAUGACUUGUUGGAGCUCUUUAAGAAUGCUCCAGAUGACUCUGAGCUUUUGAGAGCUGUGAAUGGCUGGGGUGACAUGUUCAAGUCGUUUGAGGAGCGUUCAAAGAUAGCGCAGAGGGGUGGCUCAGGUUAUUGGAGCAAAGACGACGAAAGUACGAUUGUGUGGCCGGCGAGGCAAGCUGGGGGAUGUUUGAGGUAG